CUGGUGGUCUCUCUCUUAUAAACACUUGGGCCCUCACAGGCACCAUCAGAAUCCAGUACUUUGGCAGGUAACACUAUCCAGGAAGGUGGCUUAGACAAAGGAAAAAAAUGUUAGGACAGCUAAGUUUAAAAUAACUUUGCCACAAUGGCUAAAGUUCAGAGGCCAUCAGAAAGACAAAAUUUGCCCAGAACUAAUUAGACAAAGCAGAGACUAGCAACAUUUCUACCCAUCGCCUGCAUUUUACAGUAGAAGACAGCAGAAAGAAAAAAGCAGGGGCAUGUAAUGAGAGUAAAUACGGUAAGCUGUUCGUUUGCUGGUUGGAGUGCUGGACUUGGGACCUAGGAGUGUCUGUUGGGAGCCACUUAGAACCACAUCUGAUCUGGACUGAAAUGUGGGUGAGAGACAAGACUAGCUCAUAUCCUGGGGAAUAAUAACCUAUGACUAAGACGAGGAACAGGAAGUGCUGCCUGGACUUCAACAGGACCCGCAGGCUCUCUGGGCAAGGGAAGGGUUCACCUGCGAAAAGCAAAGGACUAGGUUAAUGGGGGUUCUGAUGUCCCGAAUGAUCCUUUGUUCCUGACUAUUCAGAGUGGACCCCGAAGGAGAAGUCACAGCAGAGAAGUUACCACCAAGCAGUCCCAGAGGGCCGGAAGCAAACCUGGAGGUGAGACCUGAGGAGAGCCGGAACCACGAUGACCUUGUGCACUACGGAGCAGCAGACCCCACUCCCAGAAGGCCCGCCGUCAACAUAGAGGAGGGAGGUGGGGGGCCCCAAAUCUGCCGUGUAUGUGGGGACAAGGCCACUGGCUAUCAUUUCAAUGUCAUGACAUGUGAAGGAUGCAAGGGCUUCUUCAGGAGGGCCAUGAAACGGAAUGCCCGGCUGAGGUGCCCCUUCCGGAAGGGCACCUGCGAGAUCACCCAGACAACCCGGCGGCAAUGCCAGGCCUGCCGCUUGCGCAAGUGCCUGGAGAGCGGCAUGAAGAAGGAGAUGAUCAUGUCUGAUGCAGCCGUGGAGCAGAGACGGGCCUUGAUCAGGAGGAAGAAGCGAGAACAGACUGGGAUGCAGCCCCUGGGAGCCAAGGGUCUGACUGAAGAGCAGCGGACAAUGAUCAGGGAGCUGAUGGACGCGCAGAUGAAAACCUUCGACACCACCUUCUCCCAUUUCAAGGAUUUCCGGCUGCCGGAGGUGCUCGGCAGUGGCCAUGAGAUCCCGGAAUCUCUGCAGACUCCAUCGGUGGAAGAAGCUACCAAGUGGAGCCAGAUUAGAGAAGAUCUGUGCUCAUUGAAGGUCUCUCUGAAGCUCCGGGGGGAGGAUGGCAGCAUCUGGAACUACAAACCCCCAGUGGCAGCCAGCGGGAAAGAAAUCUUUUCCCUGCUUCCUCACAUGGCUGACAUGUCAACCUACAUGUUCAAAGGAAUCAUCAACUUUGCCAAAGUCAUUUCCUACUUCAGGGACCUGCCCAUCGAGGACCAGAUCUCGCUGCUGAAGGGGGCUGCCUUUGAGCUGUGCCAACUGAGAUUCAACACGGUGUUCAAUGCAGAGACGGGGACCUGGGAGUGUGGCCGACUGUCUUACUGCUUGGAAGACCCUGCAGGUGGCUUUCAGCAGCUUCUGCUGGAGCCCGUGCUGAAGUUCCACUACAUGCUGAAGAAGCUGCAGCUGCACAAGGAGGAGUAUGUGCUGAUGCAGGCCAUCUCCCUCUUCUCUCCAGGUUGCCAGACAGUUUGCCCUCUCUGGGCCAGACUGAGCUUGUCUUUGUCUCCAUGGCCUUGCUGGCACCACACUGCCUUUCCCUUUCUACCAGACCGCCCAGGUGUGGAGCAGCGCAGUGUGGUGGACCAGCUGCAGGAGCGAUUUGCCAUUGCCCUGAAAGCCUACAUCGAGUGCAAUCGUCCCCAGCCUGGCCACCGGUUCCUGUUCCUGAAGAUCAUGGCUAUGCUCACCGAGCUUCGCAGCAUCAAUGCCCAGCACACCCAGCGGCUGCUGCGCAUCCACGACAUACACCCCUUCGCCACCCCCCUCAUGCAGGAAUUGUUCAGCAUCUCGGAGAGCUGAGCGGCUGCCCCAUGGGUGCACCUCUGUGGGGCAGCCAGAGCCAGAGCCCUGGGGGCUGCCACUCCUGGGGCUAGACAGAUGGACGCUGCUGAGAUCAGACCAGGUCCUACAGAUCCUGCUUUCUCGGGAACUCACGACAGCUCUGACGAUGCUGGCUAGAAUUCCUCAGGAGGGGCACAUGGGCCCCCAGGCCCCAGCCCCCAGCUCAGUCUGCAGGAAAAAAGCCAUUGACCCUCAUAGGGAGAGUGCAUUGGCCCAGAGGUCACAUCUAUCAAGAGGGAAGGCCACUGCCCCCUUAGAAAAGGCCCUGUGGUCUGGGGAUUUAGUGUCAUGGUAGGAGAGCAGAAAGGAUGACUGGAGCUGGGGCAUCUGAGGGGUCUGUGCGCAUACCCAAGUUCAUUAGCUUCUUGGGCUUUUUCACGGCUAUUUCUAGUUCUCCUGUGUCCUACUUUCCACUCACUCUCAACUGCAGCCCCUGUCCUGAGUUGCUUGGUGAGUUCCAGGCCUGUGUUGAUAAGCAGGUACAUUAGUGUCUAUGCGAAUAUUCUAGAGAGAAGCCAGAGAGCCUGCACAAAUGUCAGAAGCUUGUUGUGACCAUUCUAUGUGUCCACUCUUCCCUCCUUCUGUGUCUCUGCAUCCAUCCAAACAUUAAGUACCAACACAAUGUGACCUGCUGUGUGAUAUACAUGCUUACCAGAUAUGGAUUCUGACCUUGGCUAGUUUAUAGUCCGGUAAAGAAAACAAAGCAGAAACACAAAUAACUGAUCAAAAGGAGAAGUGACAAGUGAUGUAAGAAAUUUCUUUGUGCGGAUGUAGGCUAUGGUGGGGUACUGGGUACACCUGGAGACUCAAGCAAGGGACCCUGGAACAUGUGAGGGUACAUGCGUGUGACUUGGUGCAGGUCUGCUCCACAUCUGAACAGGGGCUUGGGUUUGCUCGAGGCUGGGACACUGGGGCGUGGCGACAGGCUACGCCGACAGGCAGUUAAUAAAUGUGUUAGAUGUGUGUGUAACGUUAUGUUCCUGCUUACAAAUCCAUGAUCAAUGCUCAAGAGUAUGAAAGUGUCUGCUUUCUUUAUAACUAUUUUGAGUAAAAAUGUUUUUGCUUUUUUUUGGUUAAUUACACUUUAACUAAUUUUACAUAUGCAUUCCACCCCUAAGGCUUAGUAAGCAAAUAUAAUUCCGAGUUUAAUGUCAAAUCAAGGCCUGACGACUUAAAUAAUUAACUUUUGGCUAGAGAUUUGAAACUUUUUUUUCUGACUUCUCUUCUGGGGAAAAAAAAAACAUGUGGGGUAGGAAAAUAGAAAUGUCAUGCAUAUAAUGUAUGAAUUUUUAUUUCCAUUUUUUACUACUUAUUUUACUAUUGUCCUUUACAUAUCUGAAGACUGUUGGUGCAAGAACAUAAAAAUGCAUGAACUUGGUUUUCUCAUAAAAUGAUUGUUCCAUAUAAAAAUGUUAUAUAUUUAUACCAUAAUUAAACAUGUAGUAAUUGAACUAAUUUCAAAAGUCUAAUACAUUGAUGCAAAUGAAGGUACAAGUUAACUGAAUUUUAAGGAACAGAUACUUGCUUAGCCCUUACCAUUUUACGAGAAGUUGACCAAACUUUGAGAAUAGAAGAAAUUUACACUAUACAUCAAAGUGAGCAAAUCUAUUUCCUCCAUUCCUUUCAGAUUUACCAGCCUCUUGUGCAUGGAGAUUUAGAACACACUCAUUUUUAGAAAGAAAUUGAGGGGAAAAAAGCUUCUCUCUGCAAAUACAAUGAAUACAGCUUUUGCUUCCAAGAAUUUGUCUUUUGGAAACAUAACUGUCAUUCAACUGCAUUAAUAAAUCACAUACAUCUC